AUGCCUUUACAAUUUCUUUCCUCUAAUUAUCCUUUACACGACUACUACUUUUAUGUGCCCAAAUUCUGUCUACGAAUAAUGGGUUUUUGGCCACAAACCCCACAAACUCAUACAAACUAUUUGUGGGCUUCAAGCAACUGCCUGAUACUCUUGAUAGGAGUAUUAACUGAGAUGCAUGCUGGUUUCUCCUCAUUGAAAUAUGAUUUGGAAAAAGGACUGGACACUCUGUGUCCAGCUGGUACCUCUGCGGUUACUUUAUUAAAACUGAUAUUAAUCUACCACUAUCGCCAGGACUUGCAAUAUGUUUUAAAGAAAAUGCAUAGUAUGUUGUAUGGUGAGGCUACAAAUCGCCAGAUUUUAAAUCAGCAUAAAAAAAUCAUCAGGAAAUAUUCGGUAUUGGCAGCCCGCUUUAAUUUUGCACCAUUUUUAACGGGUUUUAUAACCAAUACAGCCUAUAUUUUAAAGCCCUUGAUAAUGGCCUGGAUAUUUUGGUCCAAAGGCAAGGAAAUACAAUGGGUCACACCCUUUAAUAUGACCAUGCCCUCAAUUUUACUAAGAGCUCCUUUCUUUCCCUUGGCCUAUAUUUUUACCGCCUAUACCGGAUUUUUAACCAUUUUCAUGUUUGCCGGCUGUGAUGCUUUCUAUUUUGAAUUUUGCUCUCAUAUUGCAGCUUUGUUAAAAAUGCUUCAAGCCGAUAUUGUGUCUUUAUUUGCCAUGUUUGAGGAUAAACUUAUUUUGUCGUCAGAGGAAAAUCAAUAUGUGGAAAAUCGUUUAAAGAUUAUUAUAAGGCGGCACAAUGAGAUUAUAGAUUUGACAUAUUUCUUUAGAAAGCGCUACAGUGUUAUAACUUUGGCCCAUUUUGUUUCGGCUGCUUUGGUUAUCGGGGCUAGCAUUUUCGAUCUAAUGACGUACACUGGUUUUGGCAGACUCAUAUACGUGGCCUACACUGUGGCUGCUUUAUGUCAGUUAAUGGUUUAUUGUUAUGGCGGCAGUAUGGUGGCUGAAAAUAGUGAUCACAUCUCUAAUGUUAUUUUUGGUUGCAAUUGGUUUGUUUGUAGCCCCAAAGUCCGACGUAUGGUACUUUUGAUUAUGAUACGCUCGCAAAGAACUUUAACUAUGUCGGUGCCAUUUUUUUCACCAUCAUUGGAGACAUUUGCUUCGAUUUUACAAACAUCUGGUUCGAUUAUUGCUUUGGCUUCAUCUUUUCAAUAA